AUGAAUGAAAUCGUGAUCCGUUCGCUUGUGCUAGCCAUCAUUGGCAUAUUCGGUACAAUUAACGCUGCAGCCGUACCUAAUACACCGAAUGGACGUAUCGUGGGCGGAGAACAGACUACCAUAGCUAAAUAUCCUUAUCAAGCCUCGGUGCGUUUGGACACUUAUAUAAUGUUACAUAUUUGCGGUGCUUCGAUCUAUGCACCCCGCGUUGUAGUCACUGCGGCACAUUGUAUCAAAGGACGUUUUGCUUCUUAUAUUUACGUUGUUGCUGGAUCGUCUUCUAUAGUGGAUGAAUCGGAACAAGGAAUACGUGCUAGUAAACUGAUUUAUCACAGUGGCUAUAAUAAGAAUACGCAUGAUAAUGAUCUCAUUGCAAUGCCCACGAUUUUAUCGGAAUUGGGUGUAAUUUAA